ACGCUAUCUCAAUCGUAAGUUGUGGAGUUGCUCUGGGAACUAAGAAGUUCAACUUGUUCCGGCCCAGGAGAUGAAUAAGUUUCAUCUUCUAAUUGCUUCUAUACUUUUCUGCUUGUGGUUCUUUAAUGGAAAUUCCAUAGCUGUAACAUCCCAAGAUGGAUCAGAAUCUUGGGGAUAUGUUGAAGUCAGACCAAAAGCUCGCAUGUUCUGGUGGCUCUACAGAAGCCCAUCCAGAGCUGGGGGUCCGAACCAGUCAUGGCCAAUUAUCCUUUGGUUGCAGGGAGGUCCUGGGGCUUCAGGAGUUGGAAUUGGGAACUUUGAGGAAAUUGGUCCUCUGGAUAUUAAUGAGAAGCCUAGAAACUCAACAUGGUUAAAGAAAGCUGAUCUUCUAUUUGUGGAUUGCCCAGUUGGAACAGGAUACAGUUAUGUGGAGGAUACCAAGCAAUUGGUAAAGACUGAUUGGGAAGCUGCAGCUGAUGUGACUACAUUGUUGAUUGAAGUUUUCAAUGGUAGCAUGGGUUUACAGAAAAGCCCAUUGUACAUAGUUGCCGAGUCAUAUGGAGGAAAGUUUGCGGUUACUCUUGGAUUAUUAGCUCAAGAAGCCAUUGAAGCGGGGAAGUUGAAGCUCAUACUUGGCGGAGUUGCAUUGGGCAAUACUUGGAUCUCACCGGAAGAUUUUGUUAUUUCAUGGGGACCUCUGCUUAAAGAUGUUUCAAGACUUGAUGAAAAAGGCCUUGAACAAUCAAAACAGUCUAGCUCUGAAAAUUCAACAGAAGCUUGGAGCUGGUCAGUUUGAUGAAGCAACUGAUUUGUGGGGAGAACUUGAAAACGCAAUUAGUGUCAGCAGUAAUUCAGUGGACUUCUACAACUUUAUGUUGGAUGCUAAUAUGGACCCUCUAUCCGUUGUUGCUUCUGAGCUAUCCCAAGAAUUGGCAUUAAAACGAUACUCGAGAUACUUGGAGUCCCGGAGUUUUUCUCCUGGCAGUGAUGCUGAUCUUAGUAAGUUGAUGAAUGGUGCUAUUAAAAAGAAGUUGGGAAUCAUCCCUGAAAAUGUUAGUUGGGGCGAGCAAGCGGAACUUGUGUUUGACAAUAUGUAUGCUGAAUUCAUGAUACCAAGGAUCAAUGAGGUCGAUCAAUUAUUGGCUAAAGGAAUCCAAGUGACUGUGUACUCUGGACAACUUGAUGUCAUCUGUGCCACAAAGGGAACAGAAGCAUGGAUAAAAAAGCUCAAAUGGGAAGGGCUUGAAGCAUUCUUGAGGUUGGAAAGAAGCCCAAUUUAUUGUGGGAGUGAUAAAACCACAAGGGGUUUUUUCAAGUCCUACAAAAACUUACAUUUCUACUGGGUUCUUGGAGCUGGCCACUAUGUUCCGUUGGAUCAGCCGUGCGUGGCAUUGGACAUGGUGGGUAGCAUCACACAGUCCUUGGCAAGUUCAAAGUGAAGAGGACAAUUAUGCAUAAUGAAUGGCACGAUAUUGAUUCUUUUUCCUCAUUAUUAUAUAGACUAAAUAAAGUAUGUUUCAUUUGAAACAUUGAGGUCUGUACUUGACUACCAAUAGUAUUUUCAGUCUGGCUGUAGCUAAAUAAAUCAUUUUUACAUAAUAGUAAAAAUGACGGCAGUCCUGUUUCUUUCCCAUCAUAUUACACAUGUGAUAUGAAGCGGGAAGAGCAUGUGGCGGGAACGGGCUUGAGCCCACCUUCGUGGGCUGGUUGCGGGCUGUUUAAUUAAUAUUUAUUAUUCCUUUUAUUUUGUUUCCUAAUUUAAUUUGUUUCCUA